AUGGCCGAGCUGAACGUGGCCGACUCCAGCCCGUCCUUGGCCGCGGCAACAGCAACAACGACCACGACAAUUACAACGACAGUACGCCGAGCGCGCACACCUCCUCGAAACAACGACGGACUAUUGUUCUGCGACCACUCUAAUUGCCGUGGAAGCGACAUCACGUUCAAAAGAGUAUGUGAGUGGAACAAGCAUAUGGAUCGACAUGAGAGACCGUACAAGUGUCUUGCAGCAGGAUGUGAGCUGAAUCCGGGAUUCACGUACUCGGGAGGUCUAUUGAGGCACCAGCGAGAGGUACACAAGAUGAAUCUGUCGACAAAGGAGCCGCUGUUCUGUCCUUUCCCCAACUGCAACCGGAGCACCGGGACUGGGUUCACCAGAAGAGAAAAUCUAGAGGAACACAAGAGAAGACGACACAUGGACGAAUUGCGGCGGCAGGAAGGACCUAGUUCUCAUCCGCCGACGGCGGUCGUCGAAGAACAGCAGCCGAUGAUGUUGACCUCGCCACAACCACAAAUGCCAGUACACGCGGCCAAACGGCGGCGCACAAUGACACCGGCAACGCUACCAACACAUGUCAGUCAGAACGUACAGAACCAACUCCGUCAAACAGGCAUGAGCGAGUAUCAACUCAUUGAACAUCUCCAGACCCGGUUACAGGAGAAGGAAGAAAUGAUCCGGCUCCAGGCAGCAGACCUCGCACGAUAUCGAAACUUUCUCCGAUCCAUGCCGCCUCAAGCGAUUUAUAGCCUUGUUCAACCGCCUCCGGGUCCACAACAGUUGCCUGGAGGGCCCGGUGGUGGUGGCGGCGGUACUGGUGCUGUCACUGGUGCUGGUGGCAUUCCACAAGGAGGCGGAUGA